GUAACCCACAAAAUCGACGAAGACAAGUGCAAAAAGUCUGAAAGUGGCGACACCAUCCACCAACAAUACGUCCUUCAUCUCGAGGAUGGCACUUUUGUCGAUUCUUCGUUCUCUCGCAAUGCUCCAUUCAUUUUCCGACUCAACAAAGGGGAAGUCAUCAAGGGAAUGGAUAUCGCAAUGACUGGAAUGUGCGAGGGUGAGAGACGCAUGGUGAUCAUUCCAUACGAGUACGGUACGUUGGAGGGCGAGAGCAAGUGUCAAUGCCGCAGCGUUGUGUCAUGUUCUCGAUUUCAAAACGAGCGGAGUGUAAUCGCGACGCAUGCGAACCAAAUUGGUGGCUCCAUCGGCUAA